AUGAGACGCAUGUGGGGGAGCGAGAUACGCAACUGUCGGGGGGCAGAAGCAGCGCGUGGCGAUCGCGCGGGCAAUUCUGCGGAAUCCGCAGGUGAUGCUGCUGGACGAGGCGACGUCGGCUUUGGACGCGGAGAGCGAGCAGGUGCUGUAGGCUGCGGUCGAUGCGCUCAUGGGCGCGCGCACCACGCUCGUCGUCGCCCACCGCCGCUCCGUGCGCUGCGCGCACUGCAUCGCCGUGCUGCAGCGGGGGCACGUCGUGCAGACCGGCUCGCCCGAGGCUCCAUUCACCGUAGCUUUUGGCAUGUGAGGGAGAGCUGGAGUUGCGCUAGCAAGGCUGCCGCGCUGGCAGCAGUCAUGAUGUACUGCGUGGCGCGGGCAGGCGCUUCAACGCGCAAGCAGAGUGAUUGGCGUGCGCGGAUCUCGAUGAAUGGGCGCCGGAAUUUUUCUGACGCUUUUGGGCUGGUUUGCGAAGCGAAUCCCCGUCUGAAAUUCGAUUACACCGAGCUGAUUUGUGAUGAGGAGCGCACACCGACCCAAGUAUACAACUUGGAGAGCGAGGAUGGUACACCACUGGUCAAGCCUCUUGCUGACAUUGCCAGCUACCACCGCAAGGUGAAGGCUGCCAUUCGCAAGACCCUCGAAGAGUCCCCGGAUGACCAGCUUCCUGCAUGGUCGGAGCAGUAUCAGGGGUGGGUGUUUGGACCCACCGAGACCGUGGUGAUCUCGGGCAGCGGCUUCCCCGACCUUGUUCCCGAUGGGGCUGACCCCGAUGCCACCGAGAAGAAGGAGGUUGCUCUCCUCCCCACGACCGCUCUAGAUCGACAAGUCGACUUCCCCGCCUCCCCUUCCGCGCUCUCUUCCGCCUCCCCUUCCGCCUCCCCUUCCGCCUCCCCUUCUGCCUCCCCUUCCGCCUCCUCUUCCACCUCCCCUUCCGCCUCCCCUUCCGCCUCCCCUUCCGCCUCCCCUUCCGCGCUCUCUUCCGCCUCCCCUUCCGCCUCCCCUUCCGCGUUUCCUUCCCCAGACAGCACUUCCGCCUUCCCUUUCGCCUCCCCUUCCGCCUUUCCUUUUGCCGACUCCAUUCCUUGGUCGUCCGAUGCAGGUCGAUUCACCACGAUCGACGGAGAUCCCACGUUUUAG